AUGGAAAACAAACAACAAAAUGCGAAUAUUUUGAUAGCCGGUCUACUUGUUCUCAUUAGUAUAUCAAGACCACGAUGGAUUUUAUCCGUCAAUCCAGGUGAGACAUCUCUUGGUCUUAUUGAGAUGUGUAUAACAUCAUCAUCAUCGUCAAAUAUCUAUGAACAGAAAUGUUUUAUUCCACAUCAUGUUCGUUCAGUAUGGAUAAUCUCAUUUGGUUUAGCUAUUGGUGCUCUUGGUCUUCUUACAUUAACUAUUCUUCUACUUCUUGCUUCACAACACACGGAGGCAGCUACUGUUGAAUAUGGUCGACUUACUGGAUUUGUUGCUAUGAUAUUUUUAUGUCUUUCAACUGUUCUUUUUCCAAUGGGUUUCGAUUCUGAAAUUAUUGGAGGUUCACCAUUUCAAUUACCAGCUGAUUUUCGUAUAGGAUCAAGUUAUGUUGCAUUCGUUGGUGGAACUUGGCUAAGCGUUCUUUCAGCAUUAGUUGCAGGAAAAAUGUGUUUACCACGAUUUGUUACCUGA